GAUUUCGUUGGUACUUGUAUACGAUUUAAAAUGGCCGACUAUAUGUGCAUAUAUAAUUGUACUCGGUUUUUUCAUCGAUCUCGUAGAUGGUGUGCUGCGAGGAAUGUGAAUUUUUAUUCGUAACAAGUAAUAAAAUUCUUUCGAUCUGAACGAAUUAACAAAUAAUCUAAUGAGAAAUGAGCGUAACACUACACACCGAUGUCGGUGAUAUAAAGAUAGAAUUAUUUUGUGAAUUGUGUCCAAAAACAUGCGAGAAUUUCCUUGCUUUGUGCGCCAGUGAUUACUACAAUAACUGUUUAUUUCACCGGAACAUAAAAGGAUUUAUCGUUCAAACUGGGGAUCCUACGCAAACUGGUAAAGGUGGGACUUCGAUAUGGAAUCGUAAAUUCGAAGACGAGUUCAAGGAAGAAUUGAAACAUAACGCGAGGGGUCUUGUGUCUAUGGCAAACAAUGGACCAAAUACAAAUGGAAGUCAAUUUUUCAUCACGUACGGACCACAACCACAUUUAGAUUUGAAGUAUUCUUUAUUCGGAAAGGUAAUAGAUGGGAUAGAAACAUUAGAACAACUGGAAAAAUUACCAGUAAACCCAAAAAAUUACAAACCCCUUACGGAAACCAGAAUAAACAAUAUUACUAUACACGCUAAUCCUUUGGCAGGUUAGAUGUACAUUAAUUGUUAAGUUGCGAACAAAGAUUAUUUAAAUGUUUCAGAGUUACAGACUUUCUUUACCGUCGUAUAUUCCCUUUAACCUUUUGUUCAGAGGAUCGAAUGGACUUUUUAUAUAAACAUGAGCUUUAUGGCGUUUUCCCAUUACUUCGAUUUCAUAAUGUCCAGUUUUUAGAAACUGAUCCGAUACACAUUCUCCGUUCGGAUGUUUAAUAUAUCUAUUUAAACAAAGAGUAAAUAUUGAAUUAUUCUGUUUGGUAAUAGAAGAAAGUAAUCGCAUUA